GAAAUAUAGAAUGUAAUACACAAAAAUCUUAGUAGCUAGGGAUGAGUAAUAUAAGAAUCAGUGCUUUCUUAUUUAAAACUGAAUAGCCCUCAGAAUUGUUCAAUUAUUACCGUUUUGUUUCUCAGAUAUCCCAAUGUCUGUGGGUAUAAUCGAUCCUAGGGCUAAUCCAACUCAACUAAAUACAGUGGAGUUUCUGUGGGACCCUGCAAAGAGAACAUCUGUGUUUAUUCAGGUGCACUGUAUUAGCACAGAGUUCACUAUGAGGAAACAUGGUGGAGAAAAGGGGGUGCCAUUCCGAGUGCAAAUUGAUACCUUCAAGGAGAAUGAAAACGGGGAAUAUACUGAGCACUUACACUCGGCCAGCUGCCAGAUCAAAGUUUUCAAGCCCAAAGGAGCAGACAGAAAGCAAAAAACAGACAGAGAGAAAAUGGAGAAACGAACACCUCAUGAAAAGGAGAAAUAUCAACCUUCCUAUGAGACGACCAUACUCACAGAGUGUUCUCCAUGGCCUGAGAUCACGUAUGUCAAUAAUUCCCCAUCACCUGGUUUCAACAGUUCCCAUAGCAGUUUUUCUCUUGGGGAAGGGUAAGUCU